CCUUUAUUACUCUUUUUGAGGAGGCCGAUUGGUGUUCUAACAAUAAAACUAAUUCUAAGGGAAUUGAAUUCUUUUUAGAAAAAUAUCGCUCAACCGCUGAACUUAUAAAAAAUCAAAGACUUAGCUCUAAAAAUUUUGAAAUUAUACAAAAGAUUGGCCAGGGAACUUUUUCUGAUAUUUUUCUGGCGAAACUUAUAGAUGAUUCCGGUGAGAAACCGUACGUUAUAAAAAGGAUCCAAAAAUCUCAAACUUUUUCUGAGUCAUCUUAUGUGUGGCCUACUGUAGAGUUGGAUGUGUUCGUUCUGGCAUCUCGGCUUGAUUCUCCUGGCAUAGCUGUUCUGGAUAGUGCCUUUCAAGACCCCUACUACCUGUAUUUUGCUUUGGAUUUUUAUAUUGGAGGUGACCUUCUCGGGCUGCUUGAAAGAAAAGAACAGUUCAGCGAAUCCUGGGCUCUUUUUUACUUCGCUGAGAUGGCCAUUGGCGUAAAUACCCUUCAUGGGCUUGGGUAUAUCCACCGAGACAUUAAGGCUCAAAACUUCCUGCUGCACAGCUCGGGGCACGUGGUACUGACGGGCUUUGGCUCGGCGUGUCGUAUGACCAAUAGAAAGAGCGAUCAAGCAAUUUAUGUAACGACAGAGUACAUGUCUCCGGAAUUAGUAAGGAUGCUCCGCGGAGAGCACGUGGUAUAUGGUCCGAGCGUGGACUGGUGGUCACUGGGCGUUAUUUUAUACGAAAUGCUGGUAGGAAGUACUCCAUUUUCUGGAGAAGAAGUGAACGCUUUUACUCUUACUUACCGAAUAACAAACCACAAAACGGAGUUUUCGUUUCCUCCCGGCGCUUGUGUUUCGGAGGCUACCCAGCAAUUAAUAAAAGGCUUGAUUGAAGAAGAGCAGGCGAGAAUGAACUUUGAGGACAUUAAAAAUCAUGAAGUUUUUAAAAAAGUCGAUUGGCAGUCCGCUGUUGAAAAUUUAAGGGAUUUAAGCACUACAAAGUCGAGUGGUCUCAACGUCCCCUUCAAACCAGAGUUUGUUGGGGCCUUUGAUACUACUUUUUUUGACGAAUAUGAAAAAGAAGAUUUAUGUGCUUACAUAUCUGAAUAUCGUCAUGAAUAUCACUUUGGCAACUUUUUGCCUUAUAUGGAGUUUUAUUAUCAACGUACCGCCAAGACCACAGGCUCGCCUGCGGCAAAGAAACAAAAACCGGCAGCUUCCUCUGCAAAACUCUCUAAAAUUUCCAGCGGAAAUGUGGGAGUGCAACACAAAGAAAAAAAAGAAAAAGAAAUUGUUGAAAGAAGUAGAGAAAUGGAGCCAUUUGUAAGGACUAAUAAAAAUCGAAGAGUUAAUUUUGAUCAUGAAACUUUAUUUUUUGAAUACGUCAAACAAAACGAUAUUGAUAACGUAAAGUUAAUGGUGGAGAGAGGAAUGGCCAGCGUCGAUGCUCAAACAAAAAGUUUUAGUCAAUCUCCUCUCCAUAUUGCCUGUAUGUUUAAUGCGUACGAAGUGGCUGUUUUCUUAGUAGAACAAGGCGCCCCUCUCAACCAGCAGGAUGACUUUCUUUGUACACCCCUUCAUCUUGCUUUGGACGCUGGCUCGAAAAAAUUAUCGCUGUACUUACUCGCUUGCGGAGCAGACGUCACCAUCCCAGACGGCGAAAACUUAAAGGUUACCGAAAAAACGCAGGAUCCAGAAAUCCUUGAUGCGAUUGAACGACUGAUGAAAUAAUUUGCUUUGCAUAAGAAAAAUCCCGCAAUGGUUUGAGGUUGACUUCUCGGAA